AUCUCGUGGAAUAAACCCCCCUCCCCACUGUCAGAUGAGCAUAGGUGUCUGUCAGGGGGGCGAAGGGUGGCCGAUGUUUACCGACACUAGUCGAGUGUCUCCGAGAGAGAGAGAGAGCCCGACAUAUUGUUGGUUAUUGGUUGAGCCCGAGUCGUGAAGUGCUGCUCUUGAGGGGGGCGAGGUUGGAAGGGAGGGAGACGACGAAGGAGAAAACCGGCAACGUUCACACAGAUUCCCACCUCUGAAAUCAUCCCGACAUCUCCGCCGACUGCACCGCUGCUCCGACCGGCCAGUUAAAGGCACAAAACAAUCAGUCAAGAUGGCGACAGUCAGUGUGAUCGCAUUCAGCUUUCUGCUCACCACAGCUCUUUCUGCGCCUGUGAAAGUUGAUGAGGACUCCAUGACCUUGUUCCACGGGGAGGAUUUCCACAUCAUGCUGCCCUCACUCGCUUUGGAGGUCACGUUUCGGAACAGGUCUGUUCCGCGGUCGGGCGAUGUGUUCCUGAUGCGGGGCGGCAGCGUGGUCCACAGUCGGGCCAAACUCAACCGCCACCUCAGCCACCUCAUUAUAGACGCUGUGGGCGAGGGAGACGAGGGCGUGUACACCGUGAAGAAUCUAGAGAAGCCAGAGGACAUCAGACGGCUGACGCUUAUAGUCCGAGAUUGCUCCAACGAGCAGAUCAUUAAAUAUGGAGACAACUACCAUGUUCCGCUGUUAGGGGUGACUCCUCCCAUCACCCUGGAGUACAGGCCCAGUGCUGUGGAGGCCAACCAGACAUCUAGACCUGCUCUGGUGCUGCUGACCAGUGCAGGGAUGUCCAGGGACGGGUACCAGGGUCGAAUCAGCGUCAAUGAGCGCUACGUCACCCUCAGGACUGUCACGGGUGCAGACGAAGGUAGCUACACUGUCAGGGAUGCUGAAGGUGAUAUCCAAAGGAAAGAGUGUCUCAACGUCAAAGAGCACCACAACUUCGUGACCUUGCCAUACGGUAAAACACUGAAGAUCAACCUGAUACUCAACAACUCCUUGGUCCAUCUCUACUACAGCCCGGAGAAAGACCCCACACCCCGUCUGCUGCUGGACAAGGGGGAAUUUACGAGUGCGCUAACCGAGCUGGGUCUUGAGGACCGUCUCAUUUUGGAGGAUUCAUGGGUUUAUCUGGAAUCGGUCAAGGGUGCAGAUGUGGGCGAGUUCAAAAUUACUGACAUACUGGGGUUCACUGUGUCCAGCAUCCACCUGGUACUACAACCCUACAAGCUGGAGUCACUGUAUGUGGCCAUUAUUGCCAUGUUGGGUCUGCUGGUCUUCCUCCUGCUGGUUUGUCUGCUGUCCUGCCUGAUCAAAGUGAAGAAGAGGGCCAAGAGGGCCGCUGCUCUGAAGAAGAUUGCCCAGAAUUCUGGCAAAGAGGAUGAAGGAGACGCCUUUAGACAGGUGGUCAAGAACAUCACCAAGCUCAGUGAUGAAUCCAAGCACUCCCAGGCAGACAAUACAGAGAAAUCUCAGAGCACUGAGGUGGAUAUUAAAGGUCUGGAGGUUUCCUCGAAAGAGGUUGGGGUCGGUAACCUAGACACCAGUGACUCUGGUGUUGGCUUUAACACCGCCCUCCCACUAGACACUGACACUGAUGCCGCUGAUCAAAACCUUGACUCUGUGGCCGUAAGCAUCUCUGUUGCCUCUGAAACCAAACAAAGUCCGCCGCCUGCCGCUGCUGAGUUCAAGCCAAGCACUCCUCCAGCUACGGAAAUUAAGUCCAGUCCAGUAGCUAAAACUAAAGCCUGCCCUGCACCCGAGACCAAGAAAACCCCUGAUCAGCCAGUGGAAGCACAGUUGGACGUGCCCAAACCAGCAGAUGUUAAACUCAGCCCAGCCUCGAGCCCUGAGCCCAAGGCUGGUCUGAGUCCAGCUGAUCCAAAGCCUGCACCCAGCCCAAGCCCAGAGCCUAAACCAGCUACUCCUAAAGCCACCACUCCCACACCGGAAAGUAAGAGUGCUCUGAUGCCCAAAGCCGAGUCCCCCAAACCAACCACACCGGAGCCUAUUACCAACGGUACACCUGAGCCGGGCCCGGAUUCCAAACCAAGCCCAGAUCACGCUGAUACUAUCGGAGCUCCAAAAGCAGCUCCCCCUAAAACCCCUGAAGCGGAGCAAAAAUCUAGUGGUGCCGUGCUGGAGGCUAGCAAAGACGACACCGUGGCUGAGGAUUCAACCACCACCACUUGAGAACUGCCCCUGCAAAAAACCCGAGGAAAGCCCCAGAGAUCUUCUCCGUCUACCGCCACUGUAGACAAUCGAACACCCCCCCCCCCCCCCCCCCAAAUAAUGAAGAAAACCACUGAAACUGUGGCAAAGACUUUGAUUUAACAUGUCUAAUGCCUGAACACAGUAAUACUUUGAUAACAGUAUCGCACUCACCAACUAACACAUAACCUUUGAGACUCUAAGAUUCAAAAAACUUCACGUAACAAAUGCGGCUUGUUGAUUUUGCAAAUGAAUUCCUUUGCAAAAUGUUUACAAAAAAACCCUCCACAUUAGGUCUUUUAUAACAUAAUGAGGGAGCCAGAAAGGUUUACAACAUUUCUUUAAAACAGGAAUAUACUCAGAUUCCUUAUUUGACCCGAACUACCAUCUAAAAUGCUUGUUCCUCUAUCAGCAUGUGAAUAGAACAGACACAAUGCAUGCAAUCUUUUAGCCAACGUCAUCUCAAAACAAUUUGUGAUGACACUUUUGAUUGGACAUCAUCAAAAUGGAAAUGAAAGCCCUCUUGAUUACACACUGUACAUAGCUGAAGUAUGGAUGUUAUACGCUUGUGCCGGUCCUCCGGCUUCGGUAACAUCUGCAAUACGCUAUCACAUAUAGAAAAAAAGAUUUGUUUUGUGUGACUUUACCCACACAAGAACACAUACUAAUAAUACUGACCCUACUAUUUAUAGGCUCUGAGAUUUAGAUUCAGACUCCCAGUGGAUAUCUCAGAUGAUUAAAUGUGUUUUGCAGGCUGAUCCCUCAAGUCUGGAUCAACCACUUUACUGCCUUUGAUCUGGAUUUCCCCGUGGCUCUAUAAAAAACACAAUAUUUCUUCAGUUUAAUAGCAAGCUGAUGCCAGCAGCAACUGCUUACAUCCUUUCAUUAUCCCUCCGUUCUUCCUUCUUAUUCCCUUGUUCCUUUGUCCGUCCUUCCUUCAAUGAUCCUCCCGCCUUCUCUCUCUCCUACCCCCUUCCUCUCCUUUCCUUUGCUGGGCAUCAUUCUCAACUUGUUAAGUACACGGGCUUCGACAGAUAUUAGGAUCAUGGUUCUGUGUUCAAAGUAGAUAUUUCCUCUGAAGUUUACGGUUGAGUUGACAGCUGUGUCUUUGGCCCUCUGAAAUUUGUCAAAAGCUUAAACAUUAAUGCCUUGCAUCUUAAAUGGCUCUAAAAUACUGCAGUGAGGUCUUUAUCAAUGCCACGACAUCAUCAAUGUGGAUCAACACAAAUCAGUCUUAGUUGAACUCUUGUAUGGAACAGAGGUGUGCAGAUACAUUUUAGUGUUACAAAAUGCACGUCUCUACCUCAUGUUUUAACUGACCACUGGGAAAACAAUGACAGUUCAGGUUCGGUGCACUGAAAUCUACAAAACGCAUUUUUAAGAGAAGCAGAAAAUGACAGCUGAGAAUACUCAAUCAAAUGAUUGAAUAUUGUGAGAGGUAGAUCCAUCUGCAACCAACUGGCCUUUCUUAGUUGCUCUGCUGUCUUAAAAUAGAGUUUUCUUACAAAACAGCAUCAGCAUUUAAAAAAUCUAUAUGAUAUGCAGAUGUGUUUAGAUGUCAGAUUUGAUACUAAGAUAAAUUAAUAUAAUAUAUAAACUUAAACAAACCAAAAAAAAAGAUCAAAUUGAGGGGCUUCGGUGUUGAGUGGACAAACGGUAUCAGAUGGUCAGAUGUAUUACACAAUAUAAAAAAAACUGGAUAUGCCUCAUUACUAGCUUGGAUCUCUGAAAAACUACAAACCAAUUGAGGCAAUUUUCUUCAUACACACAAAUACACACACAGACACACACAUUCCAGCCUUGUAAAUAUUGCAUGUGUACGCCGGUUUAACCCCCUUAAAGCUGAAUGUUUCUAGUGUAUAGAAUGGUUAUUGUAUUAUACUUGAUAAUAAAGAAGAAAACUAAUCUAAAUUUCUCACCAACCUUAAAUCCAGAAUAUAAAAUAUAUACACAUACAGUACUAUAUCCACUAAUAUUCACUAACGUCUUAAACUAAUUUAAGAACCAAAUAUUGUAAAAAUCCAUCAAGACUUUAUUCGAUCUUUUGAGAUCAAUUAUCUGCAUUUAUUGCCAUUCCAACCUGACAAUACUCACAGCAUACAGCAUCUCUCACAGUAUUUACAGAUUAUAUUAAAAUGUUUAACCUAUGCCACUUAAAGCACUGACUGCAGCAUGCCCACAACAUGAAAACAGGCUUUUAUUGUCCAAAAGUUGUGUCUGUGUGUGUGACCAGAGUAAUGUUUUAAUGUUGCCAUCAUUGUGUGUUUGGUUUGUGCCUAUGACGCACGUAUGAGUGUGAUGAUUUACGACCGAGUGUUUGUGCGUGUUGAAUCUAUGCAUAGGCAGUUUGUACAGAAUGACACAACUGUAGGUUACGUGUGCUCACCCGUCUGUUGUGAGGUAUUCAUGUGCCUGCUUACUUCGUCUUUCAACGUGAAGAAAACAAGUGCUGUGUUUAAGUCAUGAGUGUGAAUGUUUAAAGCCACAACAUAUUGUAAAAUAUAUUGUAACUUUGAGAUAUUUGAGUGAUUCUUGUCUUUGUUUAGUGCCUAAAAUGUAUACUGGAUAGUUGGCCUGUAUUCUGUCAUUUGCAGACACUCCUAAUGGCACCUUUUUCUUAAUAGGAAGGGUAUUCAAGAAAGCUGUUUGCACACCUGACUGAACAAAGUGGUACCACUGACUGGCCCUAUGAUGUGCUAAUGUGUAGGAGAUAUGUGACAGAUUGUAUUGAAAGUUGUGUCUGACUUUGAGGUUUUCCAGAUGACUCUGGGUAGCAUUAGGAGUGCUGAGUGUGCUCUAUUUGUAAGUGAGGGUGUUUUCCAUUACAUUUAUCAAGUCUGUGGCACAGUUAGGAGUACACGAGUGAAUUCAUGACAGCAGCAAAUGAAUGAUAAAGCUUUGUGUGGGUAACCCUCAGGGUUAUGUUGUGGUAAGCAAUUGAUGGGAGACAUUUCCAUGCACCACCUCUGCUGUAUAUUGUCAGUGGUUCCAAUACCACUCCAGAGUGAGUAGGGAUGUGAGAGAGGCAGACAGUGUGUGGUGGGCAGGACAAGCCUUUGGUUUACACAUUACCAGCAUCUUUAAGAAGGCUCAGUCUAGUGGGAUUGGAGUUAUUACAUCGAACUGGUUCCAGGGGGAUUCUGGUGUCGUACCCACCUCUGAUAACCCACUAAUAAAUUCACCACUACUUUUAAUACCACUGGCACUUCUUGCACUACGUGAGUUGUCUCUGCCCCGAUCUUCUCUGUUUACUUCUGCUGUUCCGGCCUGGGUGUGGUGUGACAUCCCACAUGUUCUCUCUGUACUCCCUUUUUGCACAACACUUCACACAGAUGUUUUUUAAAGAAAAUAGAUUUUUUUCUUUAUUUCAUGUCUAAAGGAAUACUAAGAAUAAACAAGUGAUUAUGACA